UCUUUCUUCUUUGUUUCUUUCCAGUUUCUCUUCAAAGUUCUGUUCUUAGUCAGAACCAAAACCCUUGUACCCUAAUCUUUUAAUCUAUACUAAUGGCUUCUGUCAAUUUCAAUUUCUUUGAUAACUGGUUCAAGAAACCUCCAAAUCCGCUGCCUCCUGUCAAUCUUGUACCGCUAAUUAACUCUCUCACAACUAAAACCUCUCAAUCCACCAACUUCGCUUCUAUUAGCUUCUCAAACCCGCUCAAGAAACCCAAAGAACCGGAAACGGAAUCUAAAGAACCGGGUUACUGGCAGCAAAUGCUGGACCAGUACUUCUAUGAGUGCGAGAACCUACCCGAUUACCGUCACACACCAGAAGUUGAGAAGAUCUUGAACGAACACCCAUUUUUGGAAAAAAAAGAAAACCCAACUGAAGAAGAAAUCAAAGAAAACCAGCAAUGGUGGGAGGACUUUGAAUCCAGCCCGGUUGUCAAGUUUUUGGCCCGGGCGGAGGAAAUUGCCGAUAAGAUUAAUGAAUUGGAGCUGAAAGAAAACUCGAUUCCUUAUAGAUGGGAGGAUAGGAAGAUGUGGCAAGCAGUGCCGCACGUUAUUGGUCCUGAUGGCCGGCCAAUGCCGCGAAAGGCAAUAAAGACGAGGAAAGAGAGUGAUGAUAAGUUUUGGGAUUUUGCAAGGCAGUUCUUUUUUGGGCUUUGGGGGUUUAGACAGAGACCUUAUCCAUCUAGUCGACCCAUUGAUGUUGCUCAGGCUAUUGGCUAUAAGCGGCUGGAGAAGCGAUACUAUGAUUUUAUCAUGAGAAGUGGUGGCUUUUACUAUAAGGAUCGCUUGGGCCGGACACGAGGGCCAAUGGAGCUUAUUCAACUUAAAACUGCAUGGGGUGCUGGGAUAAUUGAUAAGGAUACUUUCAUAUGGGGUGAGGACAUGGAUGAAUGGGCACCAAUACACAUGAUUUAUGGCAUGGAGCGUGCAAUUGCUACUUGGGAAGUUAGGCUCGGCGCUGCAGCAACAGCUUUUCUACACAAGCUUCAGAAAGGAAUUCCUCCUUGGGUUCCUCUGAAAGGACGAGAAAAGAAAACUUACAAGCAGCUGCAAGAAGAGGCCAUAGAGAGUAAAAGGCGUGACUUGGCUGUUUUGGAAGCUAAUGAUGGCAUUUGGCCAGGAGUUAGAAUUCCCAGCCAUGCUUUAUUUCUUUGGGCAAGUGGUUCUGAGAUGACAACUAUUUUGGAAGCAGACCAUAUGCCAAACAAAUAUAUUCCAAAAGAUCUCAGGCUUGAAUUGGCUAAAGUUAUCCCUGGCUUAAGGCCAUGGGAGGUUCUCAGUGUGGAGCAAGCAAUGGACCAAAUAACAUAUGGUGGAAAGUGGUAUCGUGAGCCUCUUGGCUCAUAUACAACUGGUCCGCCAUACGUCCGGCACUGGAACAAGGAUGUCAAGAGAAUAUUUCGGACUUUCUACAAUCUCAGCAUCCAAGUUUACAACAAAUUGGAGAGGACAAUUCCUGGUUUUAGUACUAUAAUGGAAAAAGUCAAUGCUGAUGCUUCCACCAGGGAUGCAAGACGCAAAGCAAGGAGGGAAGAGCAAAAGAAAGCUGAGCAGGAAAUGAUUUUAAACAGACGACUUAAGAAUGAUCCAUAGGGUCACUACAAUCUAAAGUUCCUGACUUUGGACAAUUUAAUGGUAGAGUACUUACCAUCCGAUUUUGUUAAAAAAUUUAUGAAAGACAUGACAACAUCAUUAGCAUGGUGUAUUAAUCUGGGCUGAAGGGGCUCAACUUUGGUGUCCAAACCAUGAUGGGGUAGCAUCCGCUGCAGUUUUCACAGAGAGGCAGAAACUUAAAUGGCUCCAGAACAGAUAUUCCUAGGUUAGUGAAUAACUAUUGUAGCAUAAAAAUGGAAGUAACUAGAGUUAGUUUAGUACUAGCAUGCCUUUACAUGUGUUUGAUCGUGAAGUCUUUUAUUCUGCAUCCAUCUCCAUUAAGAGAUCUAAAACACAAAGUUGGAUUUGAAUCCUUUUAUGAUUUUGACUUUGUAGUUCUUGAUCGUUUUAUCAUCCUGUCUGUAUCACUGUGAGACAGUUCUUACUGGUAGUGGGUUUCAGUGGUUCUGAUCUGAAUCUCCAUUUCUAUUCCCAUUUCGUAUUGUAAAAA